UCAAACAGUAGAACCUGCCAUUUGCAAUAGACUUCAUCAUGGUGGUCAGGCAGGUCAACAUAAGGAUAAGGCUACUGUUAGCCUGCUUCCUUUUUCAUUCUGUUUAUGGACAAACCUCAGGACCAUAUUUCAUGGUGACAUUUCCUGCAGUGAUCGAGUCUGGCUCUGAUGCAAAGUUCUGUGUGAGUCUUCUGAAGCCCAAUGAGACUCUGCAAAUGAACAUUUAUCUGGUUCACAACAACCAGAACAGAACUCUUUUACAAGAGACAGUGGAAGAGGAGAUUCACCACUGCUCUCAUUUUGAGGCUCCACAGGUUGUGGGUGAAUUGGUGCAGGAGAUAAAGGUAGAAGUCAAAGGUGAAAGUUUUAAGAUGACAGAGAAAAAGAAAGUGAUGUUUAAAUCCUAUGACACAUUGGUAUUUAUUCAGACUGAUAAACCCAUCUACAAUCCAGGCCAAACAGUGAAUUUCAGAAUUGUCACUAUGGAUUCUAAUUUUAUUCCACUUAAACAAAAAUACAGCACAGUAAUUCUUAAGGAUAAUAAUCAUAACAGGAUUGGUCAGUGGACGAAUGUGUCCUCGACAGGCCUGAUACUGCAGCUUUCACAUGAGCUCAAUGCUGAGGCUCCACAAGGCCAUUAUUCAUUAAUUGCUGACAUUGAAAAUAGGUUGAUCACACACCGCUUUAAAGUGCAAAAGUAUGUUUUACCCAAGUUUGAGAUUACAGUAAAAACACCAGAAAAACACAGCAUCGGUGAGGAGGAACUGAAGCUGGAGGUUUGUGGAAAGUACACUUAUGGACAGCCAGUACCUGGCACAGCACUGGUGCAAGUGUGUCGUAAAUUUAGGCAGAAUUAUUUUCAUCGUGAGGACGCCCCUUUGAUUUCACCAUGCCUGGCUGAAACAGUGGAGAUGAGUCAGACUGGUUGUGCCUUCCUUAUACUGAAUGUAUCAACUUUCACGAGUUCUGAAUUUGAAGUUAAUUUUGAGCACUAUCUUAAUGCUACUGUUACACUGACAGAGGAAGGAACAGAUUUCUCCUUGGUAAAAUCUGUCAUCAUAGAACUCAUUUACCAAAUCGGUCAAGUGGAACUUGUGGAUUUACCAAAAACCUUUGAACGAGAGAGAGAUAUAGAAGGAAAAAUUAAAGUUACAACCUUCAGUGGAACACCAAUUCCUAACAAGAAGGUUUACCUUUCGGAAGGUGAAUGGUGGUCUAAGAAGAAACUACUCAAUCUCACUACAGAUAGUAAUGGAUUGGCAAACUUCUCAAUUGCUUCACCUGAACAUCCUACAACAGAGAUAAGAUUGCAGGCAAGUGUCUAUCCAGAAGAACACUUUCAUACAUACAAAACACCAUUCUUUACCAAUGCUGAUGCACAUCUACAGCUGCUCCAACCUGCCACACCUUACAGUCCAGUAUUUAGUGAAUUGUCAAUAGAGAGCUCAGAGGAACCAUUUAAAUGUGGUGCUGAAAUUCCCAUAACCAUUAACUACUAUAUUGUAGGGGAAACUACUGAAAGUUACAGUAUUGAUCUUAUAUACACGGUAUUAUCUAAAGGAGCAAUAGUCCAUCAUGGGCAUGAGAAGGUUGAAGUGGAAGAGUCUACAGAUGUCAGAAAAGGAAAAAUCUCAUUUAAACUAGCUGUCGAUGCUGAGCUGGCUCCUGUAGUGCAGGUUGUGGUGUACUCUGUCCUGCCUAGUGAGAAUGUCAUCGCUGCUAGCAAGAAAUUUGAUGUGGAAAAAUGUUUCAGGAAUAAGGUUUCACUACAGUUCUCUCCCUCUAAAGCAGUUCCUGGUGAGAAGAACACUCUCGAGCUCUCGGCUCAUCCUGGUUCACUGUGUGGCCUCAGUGCUGUGGAUCAGAGUGUGUUCAUCUUGGAGUCUGGAGAACGCCUAAAUACUGACAAGAUAUUUAAUUUGUUGCCAGAGAGAGUAUCAGAUUACCCCUAUGGGGUUGAAGAUAAUAUAGAGUGCUUGCAUGUUAGACCUCGACGAUAUACACAGAUUGACCAUGCUUACAAUACAUUAAAGAGUGUGGGGCUGAAGAUGGCAACAAAUUUGGCUGUUAGAGAACCUGACUGUUUGGUAUACAAAGGCAUGCGUUAUGAACGCUAUCAUCACAGACAUCCAUAUGGGGUGCAAUACAUGGUAGCGCAACGUGUGGGAUUAGCUGAGUCAUCAUCAGAACAUUAUAAAUCCAUUGAGACAGUUCGCAAAUUCUUCCCAGAAACAUGGAUAUGGCAACUGUCUGAAGUCGGGGACUCUGGAUCAGCACAGCUUCCUGUCACUGUUCCUGACACCAUCACCACUUGGGAGACAGAGGCUUUCUGUGUGUCCUCUAGGGGUCUGGGACUGGCUCCUCCUGUUCAGCUCACUGUAUUUCAGCCCUUCUUCCUGGAGCUCUCGUUGCCCUAUUCCAUUAUCCGGGGAGAGGUUUUUGAGCUGAAGGCCACCGUCUUCAAUUAUCUUUCCAAAUGCAUUAUGGUUAAAGUGACCCCGGCUCCUUCCUCAGACUACACUCUGAAACCCUCUUCUGAUGGCGAGUAUUCAUCCUGCCUGUGUGCAAAUGGCAGAAAAACCUUCAAAUGGACUCUGAUUCCCACCGUGCUUGGAGUCGUGAAUGUGACAGUGAGUGCAGAGGCAGAACAAUCCCAGACGGUGUGUGAUAAUGAGAUUGUGAGUGUUCCAGAGAGAGGCCGUAUUGACACAGUUACACGAAGCCUGAUUGUGCAGGCUGAAGGAACUGAGAAGACGAAGAGCCAGAGCUGGUUAUUAUGUCCACAGGGCAGCAGUGUUUCAGAGGAGUUGGAGCUGAUUCUUCCUGAGGAUGUAAUAGAGGGAUCAGCCCGAGCUUCUGUUUCAGUACUUGGAGAUAUACUUGGCCGUGCAUUACAAAAUCUGGAUGGACUGUUAAGGAUGCCAUAUGGCUGUGGUGAGCAAAACAUUGCUCUCCUCGCCCCCAAUAUCUACAUUCUUCAGUAUCUAGAGAACACUGAGCAGCUCACCACAGCUAUCCGUGAGAGGGCUACUGGUUUCCUUAAGAGUGGAUACCAGAGGCAACUUAACUAUAAACAUUUUAAUGGUGCAUAUAGCACAUUUGGCAGCGGGGAGGAGAACACAUGGUUAACUGCAUUUGUCUUGAGGACUUUUGGCAAAGCACAACGUUACAUCUUUAUUGAUCCAGAAAUCAUUAACAGUGCAAAGCAAUGGCUAAUAAAUAAUCAGAGAUCAGAUGGCUGUUUUAUACAACAGGGAAGUCUGUUCAAUAAUAGAAUGAAGGGUGGUGUAAAUGAUGAAGUGACUAUUACUGCCUACAUCACUGCAUCAUUGCUUGAAUUGGGUAACACAGUCCAGGAUCCUUUUGUGAAUAAAGGACUGCUGUGCCUCAAGUCUUCUAUUGGUAACCUGACAAACACCUACACCACUGCACUGUUGGCCUACACGUUCAGUCUGGCUGGAGAGAAUAAAUUUCGGGAGCAGCUACUAAAAGAGUUGGAUAAUGUUGCCAUUUCAGGAGAUUUUCGGCUUCAUUGGUCUCAGACAGCAUCAGAUGACUCCAGCUCAUUGUCAGUGGAAAUCAGUUCUUACGUGCUGCUAGCUGUUCUCACUGCAGGUCAACUCACUACAGCUGAUUUGGGAUACGCUAAUAGGAUUGUCAGCUGGCUAGUGAAGCAGCAAAAUCCCUAUGGAGGCUUUUCCUCCACACAGGACACAGUUGUGGCCCUCCAAGCUCUGGCUCUGUACUCCACUAAAGUGUUCAGCUCAGACGGCUCUAGCACAGUAACUGUAAAGUCAGAAGAUGGACACAGUUACACCUUUGAUGUGAACCAGAACAACAAAUUACUAUACCAAGAAAGAUCACUGCAGGAUGUUCCUGGCAAAUACAGCAUUGAAGUGAAGGGUGACACCUGUGUGUCAGUGCAGACAGCACUUUUCUACAAUGUCCCCACACCUACUCAAACUAGUACACUGAGCAUUGCGGUGAAGACCAAGGGAAACUGCACAAAAACAUAUGGACAAACUUUGUCCCUCGGCUUCACUGUUGGAUAUCAUGGGAUACUUAACAACACUAACAUGAUCAUAGUGGACAUAAAACUGUUAUCAGGGUUCACAGCAGAUCCUGGUGAACUGAAAAGGAGCAUUUGGGUGGAACGGGUUGAUUCUAAAGAUGACCAUAUUAUCAUGUAUAUCAAAGAGCUCCCAAGGAAUAUUUCUGUCAACUAUCAGCUACACAUUAAACAGGUGCUUCCUGUCAAGAAUCUCAAGCCAGCGGUGAUCAAAGUUUAUGAUUACUACCAAACAAGUGACCAGUCUGAGACGGAGUACACCUCCCCCUGUGUGUAGGAUUUCACAUUGGGAUGGAAAAUGCAGAAAAACCUUUGUAUAUCUGCUGUAUGAUGGUUUCUUUCUGAUUAAAAUUUUUUGUUUGUGAAAUAAAAAUACCCUUCAAAUGCCUUGCA